UUUCAGAGAAAGCAGAAGAACCGUGCUCCAUUGGCUUGUCAGGGGAGCAGGUCGGGUUGGAGCACCACGCCAGAUAUUUGACUGCUUUCCCCAGCGACCGGCUUCGCCAUUGACAGUACACCACCGGGCCGCCUGUUUGUUUCUCUUCGGCGGGCGAGAGAUCUCAAGGAUGGCGACCACCGCCGGCGGGAGGAGCCCCGCGAUGAGCAUGAAGCUGCUGGUGCACACCAAGGCGGGGCGCGUGCUGUUCGCGGAGGCCGGCAAGGACGUCGUCGACUUCCUCUUCUCCCUCCUCGCCCUGCCCGUCGGCACCGCCGUCGGCCUGCUCGGGAGGCGCUCCAUGCCCGGCAGCGCCGGCGACCUCUACGCCAGCGUCCAGAGGCUCGACGCCGACUACCUCCUGCCCGGCGCCGACAUCGACGCGCUCCUCCGCCCCGCCGUCCCCUCCAACAUCUCCCUCCUCUGCUUGCCCGGCCCGUCGUCGUCGGCCGCGUCCAAGCGAGUCUUCUGGUGCGGCGAGGACCACAGCCGCAGCUACUGCUACAUCUACGCCCCCCCCCCCCCCCCCCCCCCCCCCCCCCAGCACAACUACGUGACGGAGGCGAGCGGUGGCGCGUGUCCAGCCUGCGCCAAGCCGAUGACGAAGGAGAUGCGCUGGGCGCGGUCCGACUCCGGCGGCUCUGGGCAGGCGGCGGUCUCCGCCGCCACGGGAAGGGCCAAAGGGUUCGUGCAGGGCGUCGUGACGUACACGGUCACGGACAACCUCACCGUGACCCCCAUGUCCGCCAUCUCCAGCAUCACCCUGCUCAACACCUUCCGCGUCAGGGACCUCAGCGCGCUACAGGAGAAGAUCGUGCGGAUCGGCUACAAGGAGGGUUUGGCGAUUCUCAAGGCGUCGCUGCAGUCAAAGACCGUUCUCACCGACGUCUUCCUCGCCCACAAGGCCACAAGGCUCCAUGAUCGGCUGCCUAAAUUAGGUUCACUGUUAAGUGCUCUUGUGGCUGUGCUUGGUGUUCUUCUCUUAUGCAAUGCUGGAUAUGAGUUCCUCCCGCAACUGAUCAUUAAUUAAUCUGGACCGUAUGCUUGUAGAGCAAGCGCUUAGCUCUCCAGUUCUGCCCAUUUUCUGCUUAUCUGUUGAUGAUUGUUGCUUCUGUUGAUUAGAUCGCACUGCUUAACUCUCAGAUUGAAUUUAGUACAACCCAACCUCGACAUUAAGUUCAAUUUUUGGGUGGAAUCAUAGCUUAUGAGAUUUUAGGUGCGAGAAUCACCCACAUUCUGAGUUAUAAUGAAUCAUUUAUGAUUUUUUAAGGUUUAUAAGUGAAUUCGUGUCAUUUGUAGUUUGUCAAUGUGACGUUAUAGGGUUCUAUUGUUCAUUAUUUUGAGACAGCUCAUCAUUCAUGCCGUAUGGUGACCUUAUUGGGUUCUAGUAGUGGUUGUUGUUGGUAAUGUGUAUUCAAUUCGUUUCUUCUUUAAUUCCCACCAAUUGAUGCUUUUGCAAAAGACUUGUUUUAUUACGGAAAAUGAUUCCUAUCACCGGCUGAUCCAAAUCGGCCAGGUCGAUUGUCCCGCACGACGGUAGUGCAUUGCACCCUAACUCCUCCCCGACUGACAGCGCAACACUACGCCUUAGCUCCUCCCAAUACUAGUUUCCCUCGAGCACCAUUACUUUCUUGUCUCGCGGCGGUGAGCUCCUCCUCCACCGCCAUUUCUCCGAAAGGUCUUGAUUUUUGAAGUUUAUGUGAUUUUCAUGUCAUUUGUAGUUUGUCAAUGUGACGGGUUCUAUUGCUCAUUGUUUUGAGAUAGCUCAUCAUUCAUGCCGAAUGGUGGCGUUAUUGAGUUCUAGUAGUUGUUGUUGUUGGUAAUGUGUUCAACUAAUUUCUUCUUUAAUUCCCACCAAUCGUUGCUUUUGCAAAAGACUUGUUUUAUUAUGAAAAAUGAUUCCUAUCACCGACU